AUGUAUAUGUACACAAAUUAUGAGAAAAACCCUCCUAAAUAGCCUUUAAAUAAUAUUUAGGAUAGUUUAGAAUUGAACUAAACUCAAUAGACUUAAUAAUUUGAAGUUGAAUCAAUAGAAAGUAAAUGAUAUAUUAAUAAUAUAUAAGAUGAUCAUUAACUUAAUUAUUCUUUAAGAAGAGCCGAUUUCAUUAGUAGCGUAUAUGCUGCAUUAGUGAUUGAGAAUUUCAUAAUUCUUGGAGUUAUUCUUCUAGGUCUUUUUUCUGAAUUACAAUUUUUGUUAAUUACCAAAACUUCUAAUAUUAAAGAUUUUUGUUAUUGUGAAACAAAAAAGGCAUCAGACUGUGAUAAGGAUUGCCUUGUUUCUCAGAAAGAUAGUUAUGAUAUUAAACCCACUUAUUUAUUUUAUUGUUUCUUAAUAAUUGGAAUAAUUCUAUAAAUUUGGUUGAAUUACGGAAUAACAUAUAUUCGUAAAGUAAAAUUAUUAUAAUUAUUAUAUUAGCAAUUUUGGGUUUCAUAAUUAGUAUUAUUAAUAAUAACGUUUUCUGGUUAUGUAUUAACGAUCUCAACGAUAUGCAUAUUGAUUGCUUAUAAUUUUGGAAUUGCUUUGAUAUUGGUUGGAUGGCUAAAUGCAUUUGUGAUAAUUUUUUGUUUUGCUUUUUAUACAAUGAAAACAAAAAGUGAAAUCAAUUAUGGAAGUAUAAUUCAUUCUUAACAUUUAAGUCGGAGCAAUAUUUAUAUUAAGUCCAACUCUUUUAUUCUUGAUAACAUAUAUCAAUAUAACACCUAAUUAUGCUAUUUUCUUUUCUCUUAAUAGCCUAAUUAUAAUUAGUUUUGGUUUCUUUUUGAUUUGGGAAUCAAAAAAAAUACUCAGUUAACAGCGAGUAUCAUAAUAUUAUUUAUAACAUAGACUAUUAAAUUAUCAAUAAUUGAAAUAUUGAUAGGAUCAGAAUUACUUAUCAAUUUUGUUAAUUAAGGUUUCUUUAGGGCCAUUGAAAUGAUAAAAAAUAUUAGGAAAAAUAAAUGAGAC